UCAAGGUUUACAGCUACACCCUAGGUAAUCCAGGAAUUUUUCACUGCUGGCUGCUUCCUGAUUUGGAAAUGCGCCUGACACAUGUUGUUUCCUUAAAAAUAUUUUAUUAGUUAAAGUGAAAGUGUCAUAAUUCUGUCAGACACUGAACGUAUGUUUACUCAUGUAAAAAUUGUUUGGAUGAAAAUAUGGGUCAGUGGUAUAGCAGUUUUACAAUUUCGGAUCAUAAACAAUUAUUAAUCCACGUCGUUACGGGAGACAGGAAAGGAGCGGGAACGGAUGCCAAUGUAUGGUUGGUGUUACAUGAUGAUAGAAAUAACAGAUCGACGAUAACUAAGCUAAACAGGCGUUUCCGGAAUGAUAACGAGAGAGGUAGCAUAAAUACUUUUACAGCAUAUCCUGGGAAUAAUUUCGGCAAGGCUAUAAAAAUCGAACUGUGGAGGGAUAGCUUCGGAAUUGGAGAUAGUUGGUACCUACAAAUGAUUAAUGUAGAAGAUCCCGAAACUGGAGAAAUUAGCCAUUUUCCAGUUCAUAGAUGGAUUAAAGCCGAUCACCAAUAUGUUUUGAUGAAGUAUGAUUGUUGCCUCCCACAAAAACAUGAUUGCGUACAUCAGAGAAAGAUGGAGUUAAGAGAGAAGAGGAAUUUGUAUUGCUUUCAUCAGCAUAUAGAUUGUGGACCUUCUCAGGUGAGAUGUUUACCCGAAGAUGAGAAAUUUUCUCAUGAUUAUAAAUGGGAUAUUGUAAAAAAUAAAACAAAAUUAUUACUUCACACGAAAGUUAUUAAUUGGACGACGGAAAAAUGGCGGUCGAUGGAAAAUUUAAAAAAAGUUUAUAAAUUUAGUUUGGGUGAACCUAACGGGAUGAUUUACUGGAAUGAAGAUAUCUGGUUCGGUCUGCAAAGAAUUCAAGGAGUGAAUCCUGUAUUAAUUCAGCUGUGCAAAGAAAUUCCUUCAAAAUUUCCUCUUGAAAAUCACAUGGUGGAGCCAUUUUUGGAAACCAUGACUCUACAAGAGGCUAUAGAAAAGAAAAGGAUUUACAUAAUCGAUCUGGAGAUCCUCCAAGGAAUUAGUUGCAGGAAUAGCAGGAUAAUAUGUUCACCAAUUGCUCUCUUUUAUUUGAAUAAAGAUAAUGAUCUUCUACCAAUUGCUAUACAAUUAUUUCAGGAUCCGAAACCGGAUAAUCCUGUAAGUAUUUUUAAUUUAUUUUUAUAUACUUUUUCCUUAUUUCUUCUACUGGGGUCAACUUAUGAAUUAUUUAUUACGUGCAGCAAGAAAAUUCAAGUUUUGAAGUUGUUGGGCAUAGGACACGCCGCAGCGAAUUUUCAGCAAUACGAUGAAUACGCAUUUCCUCCCAAUUAUCCUUCAUUAUUAACAGGGGAACCACCUAAAGAUAAGAGACCUUUAGAAGAAAAGGAUAUUCUGAAUCAAAUACCCAAUAAAGAAAUAACACUCGACGUUAUGGUCAUUACCAAAUUAUUAAGUUCGAAAGGUACAAACUCGUUAGGAGACUUUGAAAUUCAAUAUUUAUAUGAUCCAGUUAGUGUCAAAGCGGCAGAAGAUCGGGGAUUGUCCAAGUUGAUCUCUGUUAACGGAUGGGUUGAUAAAACUAUGACUAUAGGAAGAGAUGGGAUGUUUCAAUUGAUCAUAAAGGGGUUAGACAGGUGGAGGAUGGAUGUUGAUGGAAUAUUACCAAAUAAUUUUAAGAUAAGAGAAGUGGAUAAUCCCGACACUUUUCCUAAUUAUCCUUACAGGGAUGAUGCUCUUGCCAUGUGGUAUGCCAUUAAAAGAUAUGUAACUAAAGUUGUACAUCAUUUUUAUGAAGAUGAAGACAGUAUUAUUGAAGAUUAUGAGCUUCAAGAGUGGAGGGAGGAAUUGGUAAAGGAGAGGUGUUCGGGCGGCGUAGGAAUUAAGGGUGUUCCUGGUGACGAAAAUGGAAAAUUUACAAAUUACGAACAUGUUAUUUUAACAAUUUCUUCAAUUAUAUCGACUUGUAGCAUAGGACACGCCGCAGCGAAUUUUCAGCAAUACGAUGAAUACGCAUUUCCUCCCAAUUAUCCUUCAUUAUUAACAGGGGAACCACCUAAAGAUAAGAGACCUUUAGAAGAAAAGGAUAUUCUGAAUCAAAUACCCAAUAAAGAAAUAACACUCGACGUUAUGGUCAUUACCAAAUUAUUAAGUUCGAAAGGUACAAACUCGUUAGGAGACUUUGAAAUUCAAUAUUUAUAUGAUCCAGUUAGUGUCAAAGCGGCAGAAGAGUGAGUAAUUUCUAUUUUUUAUUCAGAUUAGAAAUAAUUUAAUUACAGAAUAUGACUUAUCUAUUAGUUUUAUUGGUGUUAAUUAAUAUAACUUUUAAAUUAAAAAAAAAAAAUACUCUUUAAAAAUUUACAUUUUACGUUUCUAGUGUAAGCAUAAUGAUUUCUGUACGUGCCGAAAUGUAAAGGGUGUCCCAAAAGUUAGUUAACCAAUCUUUAGAGGAUAGAAUUCAACUUGUUAACGUGUUAUAUAACUUGUGUAU